AUGCCCCCAAGACCACGCAUCAAACCCACGCCACUACCUACUCCCGAAGGCUUUGACGUAGAAGUUGGGGUACUGCUGCUGCUUUCUUCAGAGUGGAUGGUGAUGAUGGAAGGUGGACGGAGCAAAGUGACUUAAUUCCAACAAGCUCUCCCGCAAGUUCGGAACAUUCGGUCGCGGGUACUCUUCCAGUUGAGCCUUGUUGAUAAGUGUGCGAGCAUUGCCCAUUCCAAUGGAGUCACAACUAAGACUGGGGUUAGUGUUGUCUGGCAGAAAGACCAGUUGGAAGUAGCUUGCCAAUUGGGCCAACUCACGACUCAUUGA